ACAGCAGAGCCGCAAAGGCCCGGAGUCCGCGAACCUCAGUCAGUGCCUCCGACAACACGCGCGAGUGACGCCGUAUUUCCCGCGCAUUCCAACUACAACCAUAGACUAAACGGAUAUAGUCUAUCCCGAAUCUUCCCGCGUAAAGACAUGGGUUGGUCCCUUCCAGCGCUUCUUGCGCUUGCGACCCUCGGGUCAGCGCAGCUGCAGGAGACCUGCCUCUCCGUCGAAGAGGACCCGUACCUCCUCUUCGGCACCAAGACUGCUUACAUCUUCGCCAAUCGAGGGCUCCCCAACAACAAUAGGGCCCAUGAAGUCCCUGGAUGCCAGCCGGUCGCGUUCUGGAUGAUGCAGCGGCAUGGCUCCCACAACCCGGAGGCCGACGAGAUCGAAAGGCUGCAGAACCUGACCGACCUCAAGAACAACAUCAUCAGCAACUACAGGAAUAGCAACUUCAGGAACACCAAUAAACGCAUCUGCGUGUCCGACGUCAAGAUACUGGAGCACUGGCAGUACAACCCUCGCCACAACCUGAGCUUCGCCGGGGAUCUGACGAGUGACGGUUACCUCAGCGCUCAGCAACUGGCGCAAGCCUUCAAGCGGAAGUACCCUGAGCUAUUUACUGACAACAGGCAUAAUUACCUGUUUAAAUACGUGAAAGAGAGUCGGCUCAGCACCACAUUCCGUGCUUUCUCAGAGGGCAUUUUCAAGACCAUGAUCGACAGCGAUGACCUCCCAAAGGAAAAUGAUGAGAAACUUCUAAGGCCGUACAAAUUCUGCAACGCUUGGACAAAAAGUACGGAAGAAAAUCCUGAUUCGCCCUCACAGAGAACUAUCUUCGAAUCCAAAUAUGAAUACAAACAAAUGGUAACAAACGUGUCCCUACGACUGGGCUUCAACUACGACGUGGAUGCGGCCGUAGUCCGCGGCAUAUAUCUGAUGUGCCGCUACAAUAAGGCCUGGGAUGUCACCCAGAUCUCACCUUGGUGUGCUGCAUUCACCCGCGAAGACCUAAGACGCCUGGAAUACGCGGAGGACCUUGAGACCUACUACAAGUAUGGAUACGGCAACGAUCUGAACAAGAAGGUCGGAUGCGCAUACGUUAAGGACAUGAUGAGCUUCUUCUCUAAGCACGUGGAGAAUGAAAUGCCCCAACAGCCUCAAGUGAUGGUGCAUUUGACGGAAGCCCCAGCCAUACUACUAGCACUAGGGGCCAUGGCGACCCAUCAAGACACUGUACCACUGACUGGGGACAACUACCACAGCGCUGCCAUACAAGCGCGCAAGUGGGCCAGUUCUAAGAUGGCGCCUUUUAACGCCAACCUGGCCGCUGUUCUCUACAAAUGCACCCUGAACGGUAACUUCCAAAUCAACGACCAGUACCAAGUGCUCCUUCUGGAGAACGAGAGGCCGAUAUCUCUGGACUGGUGUCGCGUAGGGCUCUGCGAGUGGUCCCAAAUCGUCAGCAAGUUGGGCGAAGUCGCCAACGCCUGCGACUUAGAAGCGUGCAACGGGGCAACUGCGAUCGGGCAAUUUGUAGCAAUCACGGUGGCUUUGGUCUUCUUCGCUGUUCGGUCGCUGGUUUAAAAGGAAAUCAAUUGGAGACUUGGUAAUGUUGAGUUCCAAAAUAACAAAUUCGGUUUUGCUUGCUGCAGUGUCGCUAAUUUAGCUUUAUGGGCCAGUUUACUAGAACAGAAAACCUGAAAUGCUUAGAAUUCUUCGCAAGAAAAAAAUACCGACCGAAUUGAGAACCUCCUUUUGUUGAAGUCGGUUAAAAUUGACAUAGUAACUACAAAUAGAAAGUGCGAAUCUGUAAAUUAACUAAAAAAACGUGUCGGGUUUUAUUUUGGACCAGUGAAAUUCAAAAAACAAUGUUUUUAGAGGUUUAGCCCAAGCAAGCUUAGAGAGUUCUCAUAAGUAGAUUCGAUACAGUAGGUAUCUUGAUUUAAAACCAAAUUGAUGUAGUUAUAUUCAUAUUAAUUAGAUAAACUACUUCAUUAUUAUGCCAUAGUAUUCAAGAUCUGAUUAUAAUUUUCUCAUUACAUCUACUUGUGAAAGUCAAAUAGGACGUAGGUAGUCGACUUAUCGGUUCCACCAUAUUUAAAUAAAUAUUGUAAUAAUUAAAUUAUAAAGUAUUUUGUCAUUAAUUAGGUAAGUAAUUUGUGAUAGACAGUAGUUAAAAAAUCUGACGAUCGACUUAUGAAUUUCUAUUUCAUAAAUAGGUAUGACAUCAUACAUUAAUUAAUAACUACUUACUAAGAUUAAUUUUAUAAAUGUUGUUGUGAGACUAUUAAUUUUAACGUUUAAUCAUGUUUUGUUAUAGUUUUAUGUACUUAGCUAUUUAUUAGCAAAAUAUACUAAGCUGUAUUAUGUACGAAUAAUAAAAUCAAGCGCUAUUAUUUAUGAUCCAAAGCUUGUAUAAAUGUGGUUUAGACAAGAAACCUGCGGGGUUACUACGAAAACCGUUAUCUGAAGUUUCGAAUGUUGCUAUCCCUCUCACGCAAAGCGAUAUGCCAGCGCGAGCGACGGUGACAGACCCGAAACUACGGAAAGCGCGUUUCGGAGUAGUCCUUCUGUUUCUUUUUAAAUAAUGAUAAUAUUUCAAUGUUUCAAUAAAAAUAGUACUUACCUAGUCCAUCAAAAAGCCAAUGUUUCGAGGACCUUACCGCUUAAGCGCUCACCAAUUGGCGCCACUGUUUUAGGCACUAGCGAGUGAUUGGACCUUAUUCUACAGUGGCGCCAACUGAUGAGGGUAUACAGUAUGUAUACACAAUGGUAUACACCAGGGGUGGCCAACCGGUCGAUCGCGACUAUUAGUCCAGUCGAUCGUGGCAAAAAAUACAUGAUUGACGAUUGUGUACUUAACUAUGCUGUUUCAUUUAAGAUUUCAAGAAGUAUGUAAGUGGUAGAUGCCCAGGGUUUCGUUAGUAAACAGUAGAUCUUAUGUCUAAUCUAGUUGGCCACCCCUGGUAUACACGAUAGCCCUCAUUGUAAGUCUUGAGCCUGUAGAUAUACAAAGCGGACUAUGUUCACCCUCAAAAAAGUAUUAACUCUGUAAAUUCAAUUUCAAUUAAUCGCAGAUUCGAUACGAGUCUAGCUAGACCAGGGUUUCUCAAACUUUCGGCUCCAUGAACCCCUGGUUUAAGUUUCCAGGGGACAGCGAACCCCUUAACUAGCCAUUUAAUUCCGGGUGUGCCUAUUUCUUGUCGCAAAUGGAGUCAAUUUGUAUGAGUAAUUUUGGACAAUAUUACUUAUAGCUUGUCGCGCACCCCCUAGCGUCGAAUGGCGAACUUCUAGGGGUUCGCGUAUCCCACUUUGAGAAACCCUGAACUAGACCAUCGAUAUUGUAAGUGGCCUAGAGCGAUUACACACUGUAUCCAAUCAGGAUCUGAGAAGUCGACCCGAAGAAGUAAUAGUAUUAUUUGUAAUUAUUAUGUUUUUAGCGUAUCAGAUGCAGUGCCUUAUCGCUCUUGCACUGACUUACAACUGAGUCAUAGACAAACUUAAACUCACAUUAUUGUACGCAAGUACAGUCAGCGUCAAAUACCUCAUGACAGCCAAAGCCAAAGUAGUCAAAAAGUUCGCAACACUUUCGUUCGUUUUAGCCGAAAGACGUCCACUGCUGGACAAAGGCCUCCCCCAAGGAUUUCCACAAAGACCGCAACACUUUGUUACAAUAAAAUUGGAAUAAGGAUGUUGUAUUGUCAACUUUUUGGCCACUUUCGGUGUCACGAACUAUUUGACGCUGACUGUACCUAAAUCAGUUUAACUGAUCGUAGAUUAGUUGUAAAUGUUGUUUAAUUGUUACUAAAAUAAAAUCCUUUACUAAACAGUUGCAAAUGUUAAUGUUGUAUAGAUUCUAUUGCCGUUGUGAAAUGCACCAAAUAGAAUAAAUCUAAUAGUACAAA